CUAUAAAUACCUACCCGGUCCUCCUCCUUGAACCAUCAAAAUUGAAAGCAAACAGAUAUUCAAAUUCAAUCAUCCAAGCAAACACAGAAAAUUCUCAAAAGCUCACUGAAAAUGUCGCUAAUUCCAAGAAUCUUCGGCGAUCGACGAAGCAGCAGCAUGUUGGAUCCAUUCUCAAUGGACGUGUUUGAUCCUUUCAGGGAAUUAGGCUUUCCCGGUUCCAAUUCACGAGAGACCUCUGCUUUUGCUACCACACGUAUCGACUGGAAGGAAACUCCAGAAGCUCAUGUGUUUAAAGCCGAUCUUCCAGGGCUCAAGAAGGAAGAAGUGAAAGUGGAGAUUGAAGACGAUAGGGUUCUUCAGAUUAGCGGAGAGAGGAAUGUUGAGAAAGAAGAUAAGAAUGAUACGUGGCACCGUGUGGAACGCAGCAGUGGUAAAUUUAUGAGAAGAUUUAGACUUCCAGAGAAUGCUAAGAUGGAGCAAGUUAAGGCUAAUAUGGAGAAUGGAGUGCUUACUGUUACUGUUCCUAAGGAAGAAGUGAAGAAGCCUGAUGUUAAGUCCAUUGAGAUCUCUGGUUAGACGAUUUGGCUGAAAGUAUAUAUAUAUAUAUAUAUUAUUUGUAUAUUGAUGUGUAGAUACGAAGUAAUCUAUGGAUUGUGUCGUAGAAGUUUUUUUUCGUUUUGGAGUCGUCUUUCUGUUUGGCUAUUACCUGUUCAAUGUAUUUUCCUUUACAUGUGAAAAAAUGUACUAGUAGUAUUUCUGGUGCCA